AUGGACGGAGAAGGAGAUGUAAUUGAUUGCCACUUUCCCGACGACUGCAAAGAGAAGAUCAAAGCCGCCAACGAAUCCAAGAAACUUGUCGUGAUAGACUUCACCGCGUCAUGGGCUCCACCUUGUCGUGAAAUUGCUCCAGCCUUUGUAGAGAUGGCUAAGAAGUUCCUCAAUGCCGUCUUCUUUAAGGUCGAUGUAGACGAAUUACGAGAGAUUGCUGAAGAAUUCAAUAACGAAGCAAUGCCUACUUUUGUCUUCAUGAAAGAUGGGAAAAUCAUCGAUCGUGUUAUGGGUGCAAAGAAGGAAGUAAUCCAAGAGACAUUGAUGAAGCAUGGUGGUGUCGCUGUUUGA